AUGACAAUGACUAUUAAGCUUCUAUCUUUCGCCGUCGCCGCCUUGGCCGUUACCGCCGUCUUCGCCGCCGAUCCACCAUCACCAGCCGGCGCUCCAAAAUCUAACGGCGGAAAAAGCUCUACAUCUUCUUCUCCGGCCGCUGCAGCAUCCCCAAAAUCAUCCUCCUCCGCUCCAUCCUCGCCGCCUACAGCUGCUGCUCCGACCACCGCCAAGAAAAACUCCACUGCAACUCCUACCGCUUCCCCACCUUCCACCACCACCGCGAAACCUCCAAAAUCGUCAUCGGCUAAAACUCCGGCUUCAAGCCCCGACUCAAACUCAGGUGAAGAGUCUGAAGGUCCCACCAGCUCAUCCGACGCACCUUCCACCUCGUCUCCGCCAUCUCCGACUCCAGACAUGUCUCCGUCCUCCGACGAGGGAACGGCUAGCGACGGUCCUGAAGCUGAGUCGCCUACGUCAAGAGCCUCAUCGUUUGAGAUUUCUGUCUCUAGAGCUGUUCUCGCAGCCGUUGCAUGGUUCUUCUUCAUAUGA